UGGGAGUUUACAGUAGAAAUGGAACAGUUGCAUCUAAGCUUUUUUUUUUUUUUUUUUUUUUUUGGUUGAAAGCUGUUGAGAAACAGCAGGCCAUGCCACGUGAAGUUGUACGCCUGCUGACAGGUGUCACCGUAAAGAUGGAAAUAAGGGAGAAGUGUAGGCUAGAUCUCCCAGGCCGCCAGACUAUUUUAUCAGCAAAGCGGGAAAGUGUCGGGUGUUAACAACAGCGCGAGGAGCUCAGUGUAGGUUAAAGUUGGGCAGCUAGCUACUCCCCUGCAUUCGGAAUUUUAAACUGAGGAAAGAGAUUACCCUUGUUUCUGCUACGGUCAGCCGGAAAGCUAUGGAGGACCAGGUGGUUGAAAAUGAAGUUGGAUAUCAAGAUGACGAGGAGUCCUUUUUCCAAGACAUCGACCUUUUACAGAAACAUGGGAUUAAUAUGGCAGAUAUCAAGAAGCUGAAGUCUAUUGGUAUCUGCACAGUAAAGGGGAUUCAGAUGACCACCCGCCGUGCUCUUUGUAAUGUCAAAGGCUUGUCUGAGGCCAAGGUUGACAAAAUCAAAGAGGCUGCUGGGAAAUUGCUGAGCAAUGGUUUCUUGACAGCAUUUGAAUAUAGCGAGAGAAGAAAACAAGUGUUCCACAUCACAACAGGCAGUCUGGAGUUUGACAAACUCAUUGGUGGAGGUAUUGAGAGUAUGGCUAUAACAGAGGCUUUUGGUGAAUUCAGGACGGGCAAGACCCAGCUCUCUCAUACAUUAUGUGUGACGGCUCAGCUCCCUGGAGAGGACGGAUACACAGGAGGGAAGGUCAUCUUCAUUGACACUGAGAACACCUUUCGGCCAGACAGGCUGAAGGAUAUAGCAGACCGGUUCAGUGUGGACCAGGAGGCUGUGCUGGACAAUGUGUUAUACGCUCGUGCCUACACCAGCGAACAUCAGAUGGAGCUGUUGGACUUUGUGGCGGCCAAAUUCCACGAGGAGGGAGGCGUGUUCAAACUGCUGGUGGGGGAAGAUAGACUCUGUCCUCAUCUCUGUUUCCCUUCUUGUGGCCCUUGUUGUUCCUGUUCUCAGCAUGUUUCACAUUGUCGCUCUCAUUCUCGCCUUCAGUCUGCCCAGCCUAACACCCCAGGCCAGAGGACAGGCCUCUUUUUGUCUGUCUUUACACUGUCCAUCCAGAUUAUUCUUCCUCUGUCUCUCACGCUCUCUCCUCCUCUCCCCCAGAUCAUCGACUCCAUUAUGGCUCUGUUCCGGGUGGAUUUCUCUGGCCGGGGGGAGCUGGCAGAGAGACAGCAGAAACUGGCUCAGAUGCUUUCCCGACUGCAGAAGAUCUCUGAAGAGUACAACGUGGCUGUGUUCGUUACCAACCAGAUGACGGCAGACCCCGGAGCUGGGAUGACGUUUCAGGCGGAUCCCAAGAAGCCUAUUGGAGGACACAUUUUAGCGCAUGCCUCAACCACACGAAUCAGCUUGAGGAAAGGGAGGGGAGAGAUGAGGAUUGCUAAAAUAUUUGACAGCCCUGACAUGCCAGAAAAUGAAGCCACUUUCGCCAUCACUGCAGGAGGGAUUGCUGAUGCCAAAGAGUGAAAAGACCACUGUGGAUUUAAGGAUGGACAAGAUGGUGGACAGAAACAUUUACAUUUACAUGUUGGAAUCUUGAAUAGUAUCAUUUGAUCAGUUUUGUACAUUGUGUUUGUGUUAAUUUGUCUAUAUUUAUUACAUUGACACUGUUAAUAUAAUAUGGUUGUGUGUUCAUAAUUAAACUUUGUUAAGGGAACACAAA